AUGGAUUUCCUGUACGCGAGCAACGCCACCAUCGACCGAUACACACGCGCGCAAGCAGAGUGGCCGACCACCCAGGAGCUCCUCUACGAAGGCCUCCUCGUCGCCGGCUCCAUAUUCCUCGCCGCUGCGCUGCUCGAGCUGACGGUCGUCGACACCGUUCGCUCGAUCCUCAAGUCCAAGAACGGCGUGGAGCUGUACGCCAAGGCGUGGCUGUACAACGUCGUCAACCACUGCAUGCUCGCGCCCAUUGUCUACGCGGUCGGCGUGCGGCUCUUCGCCUCGCCCUCGAUCCAGUUCACUCCGGCGGAGCGGGUUCUGCACUAUGCGAGCUGCGUCGCCAUCCACUCGGCAGGGUACUACUGCACGCACCGAGCCAUGCACACCAAGACCCUCUACUGGGCACACAAGUAUCACCACCGCUUCAACGUCCACAUCUGCCCGAUCGCCGCGUCGGCCGUCACGCAAGUCGAGUACAUGUUCGCCUAUCUGAUCCCAUUCAUCAUCGCCGGCGUCCUGAUGCAGCCCGUUCCGAUGGAGACGAUCGCCGUCGCGGGUCUCGCCAUCGGGCACAUCAACAACCUGAUCCACACGCCGUGGCUCGAAUCUCUCUCCCACCGCGUCGUCCCGUGGAUCGGCGUCUCUACCGCCGAUCACUUUGACCACCAUCGCAAGCUGACAACCAACUACGCGGCCCCGACGAUCAAUGUCGACAGGCUGCUGAAGCUCGCGCCGCCGCUCGAGCGGGCCGCCUCGCGCCUCUUCGCCGCCUUUGGCAAGCCUGUCGCUUGCAGCAGCAAGGGGGCGUGA